UUACGAAGAAGCUCCGUGUUCAAAGCCUAAACACUGGAACCAACGAUCCCUACAACUACCCAUAUGUUAUAGGAGCUAACGGCACGUUCAUGGGACACAAGAACUGUGAGAAGGACAGCACCAAAUGGAAUUCAUGUUGCAACAUACGAUAUGCAACGCCACUGUCACCCCCAUGGAACACCUUGUCUGACACGAUGGUCAGGAUGUUUAAAAAGGAACUCGAAACCAUAUUUUUCGAGGACAUAGCUAUGGAACUUCGACGCAGAGAAGACUACCGCUGUAAAUGGUCCGGAAUCUGCGAUCUACCACCAUAUGCAGAGUGGAAACAAGGCGUGGCUGUGCUUACAGAUCGAGACUCUAUCAUUGACUUUUUUAACAAGGAAUUCAUGACGAUAUCUUUACCAGAUUGGGUCCGCCAAAAUGAUGGUCGACCACCAUUCCAAAGGGGAGGAUUUAUCGUUGGACCCAUGCAACUGACGGAACCGCUACAGGCGAAUAUAGAUCUACUAUUAAAAUACCACACGCAGCCUUUGGAGAUGCUCUCCCAAUCUCUUGAUGAUCUUGUCACGUUCAAAUGUUAUCAUCGGCCUGAGGACACCCCGCCAUUGCUACCUCCUACUCAGUCCUUUCGUGACCAUAGUUACUCGAUGCGUCCUUUAUUUGAAGCCUUGUACAUCGUUCAUGACGAUCAGUUUGACGACCAUGACGAGAUGGAUGAACCGGUCGAAAUGGGAGAGUACGAAAGACGCGACGACUUGAGGCAGCGGUACAAGGGUUGGUGGCAGUCAAACGACACUGUAUUGCUGGUGAGGACGGGGAAAGAUUCCCAUCUCUCAUCCCCGAUCAGCUUUCUACCACUCUUCGAAUCCGGUCUAGCAUUAAACGUCAACCGCCCUGAUUAUCAGGAUGAGCCAGAACCAACCGUUGUUCGAGUAAAGUUAAAAACGGCGCUUCAAUUUAUUAGGGAUCUGUUGAAGAAGUAA